GUUUUAAGUAGCGUUUACAAAAAAUCUAUCAGCAUUGAUUUUUAAAACAAAAUAAUGAUUUCGAUCAAAGAUUUGGAUAAAUUUGCAAAUAGUUGUUUAACAGAUGAGGUUUUAGACGAAUUGAUAAAAUCGGAAAAGACAUUGGAAUUAUUGAAAGUGUACCUAAACAUCAAACACCAAAGGAUAGCCCAAAAUUUAACUUCAAAAUUCGACUUACACCUUUCAAUUGUAAACGACGAAGAUAAUGACAUUAGUUUAAUAUGUGAGUGCCUUAAAUUAUAUUUGUACAUAAGUUCCAACUCCACUAAUAAUUCUCUGGAAGUUUUGUCACAUGUUUUAGACAAAACAAGAUUUUCCAAUCGAGAUGAAGAUUAUUAUUUGAGAAUACUUAAAAUACUUGACGAAAUAUUUAAAUUCAUUAAACAACAACAAUUGGAUAUUUUAACAGAGGCUAACAUAAAUUUAAUCAAUGAAUUUCUAUAUGCAAUGCAAAAAUCACAUUUUCAGAACAUUAAAACAUUUAUUAAUUCCAAUAUUAUGAAAUAUUAUAUUCAUAUUAUUCCCAGUAAGAACAUUUUAAUAUUUAUCAAAGAUAUGUAUCAACUAGGUAAAGAUAUUCAAAACUUUAGUGCUUUAUGCAAUUUAUACAAUUUUAUUGACAUAAAUGUGCUAAAGAGUGAUGAAUCAAUAUUAAAUAUUGAUGAUUUUUGGGCAACAUUAGCUAACUUUAUCAGUUCUGAUAAUAUGUAUUUACAAAAACAAAGUAAAUAUUUACUUUUAACAAGUACGCACAUGAUUCAUCGAAAUUCAUGGAAUGUACCUAACAAGUAUAUUCAUGUUUUGGAGGAAGAUGCUCUAAAAACAUGGAAUAUAUUUUUUACAAUACUGGACAUAUCGCAAGAAAAACAGUUGCAUCUUGUUGAACCUGCUCUUAAAUUGUUAAAAUACGUAAAAAAUUUACAUUUUGAUUGGCAAAUGUGUGUAUUUAAGCUUUUACUAAAUCAUAGUCAAUUGUCAGUGAUUUACAAAACGGUAUCUGAAAUUUUAAAAAUAAUAAAACCAGAUAACUUUAACGCUUUAUGUAAAAUAGUUCUGCCAGCUAUCAAUAAAAAUGAAUUCUCUACGCAGUCUAAUAUUGUGAUUUAUGAAUUAUGUAAAUUUGUUAAUAAUUUAAAUUGGGAACAAAUAUCACUUUUUGUUGAAGAUAUUUUAAAGGUUUCAUGGAAUCCUACAACUUUAUGGUGUCUAGUAAAUAAUAUGACAAAGUUUCUUUGGUUUAGUCAAAUAUCUUUAGAACAAAUAGAAAUUCUUUUGAAUAUUAUAAACAAUUUGCCUCAUAUUUAUAUUAGAGAGGGGUGUAAAAAGAAAUUAAUUAAUCAUCUUCACAAUAGUUAUAAAUUGUCUGAUUUUGAAAAUUUAAUAAAAGUUUGUAAUAUUCUAGUUGAAGAAAUUAAUAGUAACGACUUUAUUCAAUUUGUACUAAACCAUUAUAAAGAUAAAUAUCAGAAUAAUAUUUUAGAAAUAAUAAAGGUUAAUAAUGAAGUAUUUGCCAAACAUUUUACAGUAUGUUUAUCCAUUAUAAAGAUUGUAAACAACAUCGACUGUAUUGAAUACUUAAAUAACAAUGUUCAAAGUUACCCAUUAAGUUUAACUGUAUUUAUAUUUAAAUAUUUCGAUGAUGUUUUUACCAUUGACGAAUUUAUCAAUAAACAGUUUGUUGAAUAUUUUGAUAAAGAUGAAGUUAUACCAACUGACAAAUUAUUGCCCAUAUUACUUAAAUUAAAAUAUGAUAAUGUUCUCUACGUAAAAUGCCAGCAGGUUUUAUUAAAUGCAGAGUUGUACGAUUCCGACAAGUUAUAUUUAGCUUUUAAGUUUUUAACAUGCCAAAAUAGCAAAAUUAAUUCUGAAAUUAUACAUAUAUGGGUAAACAAAUUCUUACAAUCUGAAAAAGUAGAUAGUAAAACUAGUUUGGGAUUUGUUGACUUAUAUUUCUCUAAACGUUUUGUCAUUAGAGAAAAUGUAGAUACACACAUUAAAAUUUUGGAGAUAAUUCUAGACACACAAACUGAAGAUGUUGUUGUUUAUUUAUUUCAGAAAUUUCAAAUACUGUCAGAAGUGGCGGAUUACAAAUCUUUAUUAAAUUUGUUUGAUUUAUAUUUCAAUCAAGUUAAAAAAUUGAAAGGAAACAUGAUAAAACAAGCUGUAAGUCAUUUUAUUAACACCUUAUUAACAAUCUUAAUACAGAACGAAGGAAAUGAAAUUAUUUUAAAAGGAGUAAUGGAAAAGUCAUCCCGUCUUUUAGAAAUUGCUCAAACAUAUGAUAUAAUAUAUUACUAUUUCGCUACCUCAUUGUUAAAAUUAAAAAGUUUUGAUGUUUAUGUUACUUUUAUUCCAAUGCUUCUUGAAAUAAUUUUACAAGGAGUUAUAAUUCAUAAAGACACCAGAACCGAGUAUAACGUCUGCCAGGAAAUAUUUCUCACCAUUAGUAAUAUUGAGUCAAUGUGCCCAAAUUGGUAUAAGUUGAGCGCAAGAGUAUGUGCAUUAAAACUGAUUUACAGAAUGUGUAAAAAUCCUAAAAACGGGGAUAUUGUUGCUACACACCUAUUUAAAAUUUAUGAAAGAAUAUCAAAUAAAAGAUACUUCCCUGAUUCGUUGAUUCAUCUUCAAAAGUUAAGGAUCUUCCAAUUGCUGCUUAUAUUGGCUCCUAAUAUUAGGCAUCAAAAGUCAGAAUUAAUAAAUUUGAUAAUUGAAAGUUUUUGUACGGAAAUACAUCAACCUGACAUAAAACAAUUAAUGCAAUGGAUACUUAUUCUGCUUAUAAAAGAUGAUGCAAAGCAAUAUAUUGCCAUCAUCAAUGCAAAAAUUAAUUCAACUAUUAAAACACAACCAUCUACAAUUGCUGCACUUAUACCAGUUAUAAUGCAUAUCGGACUUUUUGAUCCAAAACAAAACUUAGAGUCUGUGGUAGAGAUAUUAUUACCAUACUGUAUGGGAGCUAACUUUAAACUCAGAGUUUAUUCACAAGUGGCCAUCUGUCUAUUGUAUGAGAGGACUAAAAAUAAAAAUGAUUUUUUAAAGAUUGCACUUGAUAAGGUAAUAUCAGCGAGUGGAAAUUCAGUGUCUGAGUGUUUAGGAGCAGAUACAUAUUUUUUUGAAUUAUUGGACCCCAUAACUCAUUAUUCAAUGAGAAAUAUUAUGGUUGACAUUCCUCGACACAAUAAAGUUACAAACACUGAAUGGGAGAAUUUGUUAAAUCCUACACAUUUAGAAUUCUUAAAUAUUAUUGAAGGGAAAUCUCUGUUUUGUGAAACACAUUUUAAGCAGAUUACAGAUGACCCAAAAUCGCUUUUACCAGAUGACUUUACUUUAAACAUUCAGAAGAAAAUCACUCCUUGGAGAGAUGAAAUCAUUAGUGAAACGUCUAAUAGAAAAAAUGAAUUUAUAUUAAUAGCAACGUUAUUGGAAAAACCCACUAAUUUAGGUGGCUUAUCUCGAACGUGCGAAGUUUUUGGUGUUAGUAAACUAAUUUUAAAUGACAAUAAAGUUUUAAACGAUAAAGAAUUUAAGAGCCUCAGUAUGUCGUCUGAAAAUUGGACUAAAACUUUGGAAGUCAAGGCAAACGAUUUGUGCGAGUUCAUGGCAAAUUUAAAAUCGCAAGGUUACACAAUUAUUGGAGCUGAACAAACUGCAGAAAGUGUUAUGCUGGAUCAGUUCCAGUUUCCCAGGAAAUCAGUAUUACUUCUGGGAAAUGAAAAAGAGGGAAUACCAGCAAAUUUAAUUCCACUUUUAGAUGUAUGUGUGGAAAUUCCACAACUUGGAAUGGUCAGAUCAUUGAAUGUUCAUGUUGCUGGAGCAACUUUCAUUUGGGAAUAUACAAAACAACACUUGGUUUAAUUAUUUUUGUUAUUGAAUAAUUUAUGUUUAUUUAUAUGUACCUGUUACUAAAAUAAAUAUAUUUAUUUCUUA